GAAACAGAGCCUGGAGCGGCGACAGAAACAGGAACAGAAACGGACGGUCGGUGAACCUGGCAAACCGUUCAUAUUUCAACAUGAACAGACGCUUUUAGUGCGUGUGAUCCAGUCCGCAGAACAGACCCCGCGCGAGCCGAGGCCGCAGACAGCUGGACAGCAGGACGGUGCAGCAGGCUGACGUUUCUCCACCCAUCCCCUCAGCAUGGUGGACUACUACCAGGUGUUAGGAGUCCGGAGGGAGGCCUCUGCAGACGACAUCAAGAAAGCGUACAGAAAGCUGGCCCUGAGGUGGCAUCCUGACAAAAACCCCGAGAACAAAGAGGAGGCUGAGAAGAAGUUCAAGGAGCUGUCGGAGGCGUACGAAGUCCUGUCAGACGCCAACAAGAGGAGCAUCUAUGACCGUUACGGCAAAGAGGGUCUGACGGGGAAUAAUGGAGGACGAGGGGGACGUUUUCACAACGGCGAUCAUUUCCACGAGCAGUUCACAUUCCGUAACCCAGAAGACGUCUUCAGGGAAUUCUUCGGCGGCAGAGACCCGUUUGCCGACUUGUUUGGUCCCGAUCCCUUCAGCGAGGAUCCGUUCUUCGGCAGUGGGCGGCGGCACCAGAGCCGGGCCGGGCGCAGUCGAACGGGGAGCUCGUUUUAUGGGGGGUUUGUUGGUUUUCCUCCCUUCGGCGCUGGAUUCCCACCUUUUGAUCCAGGCUUCGGCUCGUUCGGCACCAUGAGCCCCAUGGGCCACAUGAGCCCCAUGGGCCACAUGGGCCACAUGGCGACCAUGGGCAGUCUGGGAGGGGCGGGCUUCACCUCCUUCUCUUCAACCUCGUUUGGAGGAGGCGGCGGCGGCGGCGGCGGAGGAGGAGGGAGCAUGGGCAACUUCCGCUCUGUGUCCACGUCCACCAAGAUCAUCAACGGCAGGAAGAUCACCACUAAAAGGAUCGUGGAGAACGGUCAGGAGCGGGUGGAGGUGGAGGAGGACGGCCGGCUGCGCUCAUUAACCAUCAACGGCAAAGAGCAGCUGCUGCGGCUGGAGCACAAGUGAAGAGUGUGUGAAGCUCUGCUGGAGAAGUGUUACCUCAGCACAAGCACCCCGACAAACGAGCUCCUUCAGAAGGAAUGGGGAAAAAAAAAAGCAACAAAAAGUCGAGGCAGCAGAGCUCCGUUCUCCGUCUGAUGUACAUACCUGA